GACGGACAAAGUGGAGAAUAAUUCUUGUAGAGAAAAAUCAUAUCUUGUUUGUUUAAAGCACAAUAAAAGACAGAUUGUAUUCAACUAUUUCAAGAUUUCCUUUUGAUUCUGAUUUUCAGCUAUAUCCUUAAAGUUGUCUUACUGUUGUCAUUGUAAUCUUGCUUCUAUAGCCCAAUUAGCUUAUAUAUAUGUGCAUUUCGACACUCAUUUUUCCAAGACACAAACAGAAACUCAACUCUUUCUUCAUUGUUGUUAGAAGACAAGGCAAAUGGAAGCCAUGGUUCCUUACCUGUUAGCCUUUCUAGUCCUUCACCUAUCUCUCUUUUUCAUCUUCUUCCACCGUAGAGGCGAUUCGAAUAGCAAGAAUCUUCCACCAGGAUCUUCUGGAUGGCCAUUGUUAGGAGAAAACAUGGAGUUUGCCUUUUUAGGUCCUCAGAAAUUCAUCAAAGAUAGAAUGGAGAAGUACUCGCCCGAGGUUUUCCAAACAUCAAUCAUGGGAGAGAAAAUGGCAUUCUUUUGUGGUGCACAAGGAAAUAAGUUCUUGUUCUCAAGUGAAAACAAACUUCUCACCUCAUGGUGGCCACAAUCCAUGAAAAAGGCUUUGCUUUUCCCCGAGUAUGUGGAGAACUCAUUGAAAGAAGUAUCAGCUUUGAAACGUAGUUUUCAUCAUGAUAUUCUCAAGCCUGAGGCUCUAAAACAAUACAUUCCGGUCAUGGAUGCCUUGGCUCGUGAACAUCUAGAUGUAAAUUGGGAUUCUAAUGGAGUAGUCAAGGUUUUCCCUUUAUCGAAGAAGUACACGUUUGAUUUGGCAUGUCGAUUGUUCAUGAGUCUGGUAGAUCCAGAGGAAAUAAAGAGGUUGGCUGAUCCUUUUACUCUUGUUACGAAUGGAAUGUUCUCCAUGCCUAUCGAUUUGCCUGGAACAGCAUAUAAUCGCGCAAUCAAAGGCGGGAAAAUGGUGAGGGAUGAACUUAUGAGGAUCAUUACACAGAGGAGAAAGGAACUGAUGGAGAAUCAAGAGACAGCAGGCAGAGACUUGUUGUCGAAAAUGUUACUUGUCACUGAUGAAGACGGAAAACUUAUGAGUGAAAUGGAGAUUUCCAACAACAUAAUAGGAAUGCUAGUGGCUAGUUUUGAGACUACUAGUAGUGCAGUCACCAGUGUUUUAAAUUACCUCGCGGAACUUCCCCACGUCUAUGAUGAAGUCUACAGAGAACAAAUUGCAAUUGCAAAGACCAAAGGAGCAGAGGAGUUGCUAACCUGGGAGGACAUUGAGAAGAUGAAGUAUUCCUGGAACGCAGCUCGUGAAUCACUGAGACUAACUCCACCAGCUCAAGGAUCUUUCAGGGAAACAGUCACUGACUUUACAUAUGCAGGUUUCACAGUUCCAAAAGGGUGGAAGACAUUUUGGUCAGUUCACUCAACACAUAAGAAUCCCAACUACUUCUCUGAUCCUGAAAAGUUUGAUCCUUCAAGGUUUGAAGGAAGCGGUCCUGCACCCUUCACGUUUGUACCCUUCGGUGGAGGACCUCGUAUGUGCCCAGGAAAAGAGUAUGCUCGACUGGAAGUACUAGUGUUCAUGCACAAUGUAGUAAAAAGAUUUAAACUAGAAAAGGAGAUUCCAGAUGAGAAGAUUGUGUUCCAUGCUUCUCCUGUCCCAGUGCAUGGACUUCCGGUUCGACUUCUUCCUCAUGAAAAUCAACUUGAAGAAAAAGAAACCUCUUCUUUUUGUAUAAAGAAAUAACAAUCCUGUUCUUGUUUUUAUCUGGUUUGAGAAAAAAUUAUGAUAUGGCAAUCACCUAGCUAAUAUACACCACCUGUAAUAAUUGUAACAAUAAACUGUAUUCUUAGUAAAAAAUGGGAAAAGGUUUUCGUGUUUGAAUCACUUGACAUUUUACAUAUCAUUCUUACCAA